UAAACAGAAAAUUAUUAGACUUCUGUUUCGUUUACCCUUGCAAAAAUUAUCCGUCCACACCUCUACAAAGAUCCCCCUUUUCUGAACGAGCCUUUUGACGGCGCAAGUGCUUGUCUGCUUGUGUCUUUCAGCAUGCACGUUAAAAUGAGCGGAAGAAGAAAUAGAUCCCAUCAUGCAAAAGUACGUGCUAAUAUAGCCAAAUCAAUUUUAUUUCACUUUGAAGCUUAUGGUUAUUGUUCGUGUUCAUGGUAACCCAAUAAUAAUAUCCGUAGUUAAAAAAAUAAAAAUAAAAAAAUAAAAGAAGAAGAAGUUAGAAUCGAUAUUUUUGUGUGAGGAUCGAUAUUUUUGAUGCAACAUCAGUAUCGGAAGUAUCGAUACUUAAGGAUCGAUCCGCCCAUCACUUAUUACAGGACAGUACUCUGCUGUUGCAGGAUUAGAUAGACUGUGCUGCUUACUACUCGAUUAAAUAUGGUUUCCAAUUCAUUGCUGAGAAGUGGAUUAUUUUUAUGCAAACAAGAAAACAGUGGAAUAAAAUACCUGACAGCGGUAUUCCUCAAAGCUGGCAAUCAGUCACAUAGUACAUUGGUAGGAGGUGAUGAACAGAAAACGAUGGACGACUUGGAUGGCCCUCACCUUCUAACGUCAUUAUACUGGCUUUUUGGAAAAGGUUAUUUUAAAAGAACACAUCAAAUGCAGAUUGAGCACAGCAAAAUGUAUGGCCCAAUUUGGAAGUCGAAAUAUGGACCACUGGUUGUUAUCAAUGUGGCCAAUGCAGAUCUUAUAGAACAGGUUCUUCGGCAAGAGGGUCGCCACCCGAUCCGCACUGACAUGCCACACUGGAGAAGCUACCGGGAGCUCCGGAAUCAAGCCUAUGGACCCCUCACAGAAAUGGGAGUAGAGUGGCAACACAUCAGAAGUGUACUGAACCCUCGAAUGCUGAAGCCCAAACAUGUGUCCUCUUACACCUGUGCCAUUAAUGAUGUAGUGAGUGACUUUAUUGAGAAGGUGGCUUGGCUUAGGACAACAAAAGGCAGUGGCGUUAUGGUGUACGACCUGGCAGGAGAAUUGUACAAGUUCGCCUUUGAGGGAAUUUGCUCAGUGUUGUUUGAGACUCGGUUGGGCUGUCUGAAUGAAGUUCUUCCUGAAGAAACUCAGAAGUUUAUCUUUUCAGUUGGAGAAAUGUUCCGUCUUUCCCCCAUUAUAGUCCUGUUCCCCAAAUCUGUCUGGCCAUACAUGCCUUUUUGGAAGCAUUUUGUGGCUGUAUGGGACCAUUUGUUCGAAAUUGCGGAUAAACUAGUGUGCAAGAAGAUGUCAGAAAUUGAGGAAAUGGUGAAAAAAGGGCACCCAGUGGAGGGAGAGUAUCUCACACACCUCCUGGUCAGUGAACAGAUGUCUGUCACUGAGGUUUUGGGAAGCGUUACAGAGCUACUACUGGCUGGAGUCGACACAACAUCAAACACUAUUUCCUGGGUGCUGUAUCACUUGGCACGGGAGCCAGAGAUCCAACAGAAGCUGCAAGAGGAGGUGGUCAGUGUCUGCCCUGGUGACAAAGUGCCCUGCAGUGAUGACAUCACAAGGAUGCCAUUGCUGAAGGCCAUUGUUAGAGAGACUCUCCGUUUAUACCCAGUGGUUCCAGGGAAUGCUUGUAUUGUUGCUGAAAAUGAAAUAGUGGUUGGUGGCCAUCUCUUCCCUAAAAACACUCUGUUCCAUCUCUGCCACUUUGCGGUGUCCUAUGAUGAGAAGGUGUUCCCCAAUCCUUACGCCUUUCUCCCACAGCGAUGGAUUCGUGGGCAGAAGCAAUUAAACCAACACCCCUUUGGUUCUGUACCAUUUGGCUUUGGCAUUCGUGCUUGCCUGGGUCGCAGAGUGGCUGAACUGGAGAUGUAUCUCCUUUUGUCUCGAUUAAUUAAACACUAUGAAGUGCACCCAGACCCUUCAGGAAGGACUGUGAAACCAAUCACACGAACUCUGCUGGUCCCAGCCACAUCCAUUGACCUUCAAUUUAUCGACAGGCAAAAACAGCAAGAGGAGCCAUUCAAAGCAUAGGCUUCUGUAU